AUGACCGCCCCGUGCGUCCCGGAUCCCCCGCUGGAGCUGCCAUCCGAGCUGGAUGAGGACCGAAGGCACAACUUGGCGGCUGAGGUGGCACGGUUGAAGGAGGCAAAGCAGCGAGCGGUGGAAGAGGAGGACUAUGAAGAAGCUGCAGUUUUGAAGCGAAAAAUCAAGGUCUUGGAGGACACCCUGGGAGAAACGGUGAAGUAUCAGUCCAGAAGGGAGGUCAACGAGCCCGCGACGAAAGAGGUGGAGCCCGUGUCGCCCAAGCCGAAGGUGAAGCCUUUGAGUCAAAUUCAGCAUGGCGAAGAUUUGUGGCAGAUGCCUCCGGCCGAUUUGCGCUUGAUCGAAGAUGAGAGAAUCUUCAUUGAGCGGUCAAAGAUGGCCAUGCGGCAGAAGGGCGUCACAGACGAUACGGUGCAGGGCGUUCCAGCAUGGGCCUACAAGGAUGCCCUGAAAGAAGGGCCGAAAGGCGUACGGACAGAUCGGCCCCCGGAAUUGGCCUACGUUUACAAUGGCCAGAUCGAAGAUGAGAAGUGGGAAGAAAAUGCAAACUUCCAAGCAAGCAUCGUGGUCCAAGUUCCCGUUGAGGUGGCCUUUGACUAUGUCUUGGCUAGAAGCCAGGGGAAUCAGACGAGCCACCAGUUGCAGGUGGGUCCGGGUGCUUUCAUCUCUCAUCACGCCAGCGGCGUGGCUCAACUGACGGAACUGCUGGGGUCCGAGGUGGUGGAGAAUGAGAUGGUUUCCUUCAAAAUUACCAUGAUGAAGCCCAAGGUGCCUGGAAAAGUCAAGCUGGACCUUGCCAAGACUGUGCAGAGUAAAGAAGCAUUUCGAAAACAUCCCUUCUACACAUUCAGGAGUGUGUGGAAGCUACAGCCAUAUCCGGCUGGUGGCACGCGGGUUACCCGCAUCGUGCGAGACUUUAAGCAGUGGGAGAUUUUUGACUUCGACGCUUUAAACGCCGUGAGCCGCUCCAUAGAGGUGGAGAACGAAGAAAUCCGACAGUCAUGGACCUCGGCUCUGAGAGUACAACCCGACAAGGCUUUGGCAAAACAUGAUCUUCAGCGCGGUCAGAUUUGUCAGGUGGAAGUGAACAGUAAGGAGAUGUACAGCGCCUCAUUCUUACUGGAGGUGUCCGUGGAUCAAGCCUUUCGGAGCAUCACCAGCAAUGGGCUCCUCACGCAGUACCACAACCAUCUUUGUGCAGAUUCAUUCCUUUGUCUUGAUGAGAUGCGUGUCUUGAUCCGCCAAGUGAACGGCAUUGUCCUGCUGGUCACUUCGCGCUUGAAGGCGGACAUGGGAAGCUGGAUGACAAUGACUGUAGGUCACAAUGCAGGGUCCAAAGAGAAGGCUCUGGAGGUGACCACGGAACAGGAGGUAUUGUCAAAGCCUCUCUAUCGGGUUGUAAAUGAGUGGCACUUCCGUAGUGACAAUGGAAAGACUCUGGUCCGAAGGACGAUGAGAGAUUUCAUGCAGAUGGAGGAGGGGAUUCCAGACCUUCCUGCAACGUUGACAGAGGCUGCAGAUGAAGAGAACCGGAAGAUUAUCAAAGCUUUUGAGCGAAUGCGCAGUCAGGACGAUGCAUCUCCAUCCCGAAGCUCAGCAAGUGCUGCCAUGUCCGUUCGGGCCAACUACGCUAUGCGGCAGAUGCCAGCCAUUUUGGAUCAUGCUGCCAAAAAUCACGUGUUGGAGGUUCGAGAGAUGCUUGAGGUCAAGGGUGCAGAUCCCAAUUACAUUCAUGUCCGGAAAGACUCCUGGGCGAUUUCAGACACCAGGUUGGAAUUUUACGAAGAGAUCACACCUUUGGUGGUUGCUGCGGAGUAUGGGGCUUGUGAAGUGAUCAAGGUUCUAUUUAAUCAUCCGCAGAUUGACGUGAAUCUUUGCUGCUGCGCUUUCAACGAUAGCGAAAUUUACAACUACUACACCGCGUACGAUGUCACCAUUGCGAAGAAGCAUCCUCACGCGGCGGCCUUGCUCCGAGCACGUGGAGUUUUGCCUGCCACGAGUGAACAUGUUUACAAGCCGCCUUUCGAUCCUGUCCAUGGACGUCCACUUCGUGAGACUUUGAACCACACGUACGAGGAGGACAGCUUUGGUGAGGGUGAGAUGCCCAGAUGGGACACAGUGGCGCAAGGAGAUCCUGAGUUGGCCUUGGAAUUGCAGAAGGUGGCUGACGCCUUGAGCACCAGCAAGGGUCAGUCUUUGCGGAACCGCAACAAGAUUUUCAAGGCUUUGAUCACAGAUUGGCAUCCUGAUCGAGCUCAGAAUUCAUACCGCGCCACAAGGGUCUUCCAGUGGUUGCAGGUGGUGAAGCCAUGGUAUCUUGAGGAGAAGGAGGCUGUGGCAGGGGAGCUACCCCCACUCAUGCAGUCCACGGACGAGGAGUUUGGUCCAGGCCCUGGGCAAGCCAAAGAGUACAUGCAUCCAUCAGGCAACCUUUUUUUCUGUUUGGUGAUGCGGGGUGAUGGAGUCUGCAGUUCAUUCCACAGUGUAGACAUAUUUUCCAAAAGACCGCGGGCCGCACAUGUCGGGCUGUGUGAAAAUGAGAAGGUUUUAUGUGUAGCAGUGCAUUUAAGUCAAUUGCUGAGGUGUCCGCUACGGACAUGCUUUUGUUGGCCUUGCGGCAAAGCCGCAUCGCUCGAAACGAUGACUUGGACACCAUUUGUUGUUGAAAUACUUCGAAAGACCAGCGACUCACUGCUGCAGAAAAGACCCGCAGCCAAGAAGUGA